AUGGUAACAGGGCGGGGGGCGGCUCUCACCUCCUGCCGCUCUAGCCCACCUGCUCCUGUCUCCCCACAGGUCCUGCACUUCGGCCCUGUGCCACCCGCCUACUGCUGUUCACCUGCGCACAUGCUCAUUUGGUUCCCAUCGCCUCCACCACAGAGUCCUGAGAACCUGUCGUUCGGCGAUUUCCUGGCCAGCCUUAGACUUCCACCACACUCACAGGCUGUUAAACAUUCCUCCCACUAA